AUGUUCGUUGUCUUUUUUCAGUGUUCACAAGAGGUACAAAACAUCCUAAAUAUCAUACUCCCUCCGCCCAAAACCUCGAUGGAUCGCUGCUGGACGGCCAAAUGCCGCACUCGUCAUGGACUGCCGCACGACCCCCUCUGCAAGCUCUGCUGCCAAGAGCUCGAGUCCCUGGAUCACCUACUUGCCCGGUGCGUCUUCUCCAGAAUAACUUGGCACGAGAUCCUCUCAUGGUGCCGGCUGCCAAUCCCCACACCAAGCUCCACCGAUGCCUUCUUCGAUUGGUGGUGCAAGACCAACAACUCCUCCCCAGCUUCACUCCGCAAGGGGGUGAACUCGCUCAUCGUGCUCACCGCAUGGUCCAUCUGGAAACACCGGAACGCCGCUGUCUUCGACAAUGCCCGGCCUUCGAAUGAUGAUCUUGCUCGCACAAUCAAAGACGAGGCCCGCCUGUGGGCACGUGCUGGAGCAACUAGGCUAGCAUCCAUCAUUCAUGUAACCUGAGAUCACUUGUAAUGAGGCUGAGCACCCUCCCCCUGCUCAUGUUGCACUCUUCGGGUCGCCCUCGGCGCAUGCCCCCUAGAGUUGCACUCUGUACUCUCUCCCCCUAUCAAUGAAAUGAUACGCAACAAUGUGUAUUCACCAAAAA